AACCAAAUGUGCAAUAUAUUGGAUGCUGGGAUCCCUGGCGCUUUCCCAGGAAUCCUCAGAAUGUGAGGUUUCUCUCAAAGGCAUCUUGCAUCAGCCUGUGGAUGUAUGCCUACCACCGGGCUCCUUCACCAGCAAAGUGGAAAAAGAAGCGUUUCACAACAAAUUGUUCUUUUUGGGUUGGGGAAACGCAGUGGAUUAUAGCUCUGUUUUCUUCUUUCCAAAACUGUGCACCCCUGGAUGAAAGGAGAUCUACAAGUUGCCUGGGGUUCAGUGCUCUAAAAGUUCCAAGGUUUGUGGCUUGAAUUAUUUUAAAGAAGCUGAAAUAAUUGAAGAGAAGCAGAGGCCAGCUGUUUUUGAGGAUCCUGCUCCACAGAGAAUGCUCUGUACCCGUUGAUACUCCAGUUCCAAACCCAUCUUCUGAGAUGAUCCUGAUUCCCAGAAUGCUCUUGGUGCUGUUCCUGCUGCUGCCUGUCUUGAGUUCUGCAAAAGCUCAGGUUAAUCCAGCUGUAUGCCGUUAUCCUCUGGGCAUGUCAGGAGGCCAGAUUCCAGACGAGGACAUCACAGCUUCCAGUCAGUGGUCAGAGUCCACAGCUGCCAAAUAUGGAAGGCUGGACUCAGAAGAAGGGGAUGGAGCCUGGUGCCCUGAGAUUCCAGUGGAACCUGAUGACCUGAAGGAGUUUCUACAGAUUGACUUACAUACCCUCCAUUUUAUCACUCUUGUGGGGACCCAGGGGCGCCAUGCAGGGGGUCAUGGCAUUGAGUUUGCCCCCAUGUACAAGAUCAACUACAGUCGAGAUGGCACUCGCUGGAUCUCUUGGCGGAAUCGUCACGGGAAACAGGUGCUGGAUGGAAAUAGUAACCCCUAUGACAUUUUCCUAAAGGACUUGGAGCCACCUAUUGUGGCCAGAUUUGUCCGGUUCAUUCCAGUCACUGACCACUCCAUGAAUGUGUGCAUGAGGGUGGAGCUUUAUGGCUGUGUGUGGCUAGAUGGCUUGGUGUCAUACAAUGCUCCAGCUGGGCAGCAGUUUGUACUCCCUGGGGGCUCCAUCAUUUAUCUGAAUGAUUCUGUCUAUGAUGGAGCUGUUGGGUACAGCAUGACAGAAGGGCUAGGCCAGUUGACAGAUGGUGUGUCUGGCUUGGAUGAUUUCACCCAGACCCAUGAAUACCACGUGUGGCCUGGCUAUGACUAUGUGGGCUGGCGGAACGAGAGUGCCACCAAUGGCUACAUUGAGAUCAUGUUUGAAUUUGACCGCAUCAGGAAUUUCACUACCAUGAAGGUCCACUGCAACAACAUGUUUGCUAAAGGUGUGAAGAUCUUUAAGGAGGUACAGUGCUACUUCCGCUCUGAUGCCAGUGAGUGGGAACCUAAUGCCAUUUCCUUCCCCCUUGUCCUGGAUGACGUCAACCCCAGCGCUCGGUUUGUCACAGUGCCUCUCCACCACCGAAUGGCCAGUGCCAUCAAGUGCCAAUACCAUUUUGCUGAUACCUGGAUGAUGUUCAGUGAGAUCACCUUCCAAUCAGAUGCUGCAAUGUACAACAACUCUGGAGCCCUACCCACUUCUCCUAUGGCACCCACAACCUAUGAUCCAAUGCUUAAAGUUGAUGACAGCAACACUAGGAUCCUGAUUGGCUGCUUGGUGGCCAUCAUCUUCAUCCUCCUGGCCAUCAUUGUCAUCAUACUCUGGAGGCAGUUCUGGCAGAAAAUGCUGGAGAAGGCUUCUCGGAGGAUGCUGGAUGAUGAAAUGACAGUGAGCCUUUCCUUGCCAAGUGAUUCCAGCAUGUUCAACAAUAACCGCUCCUCAUCACCUAGUGAACAAGAGUCCAACUCGACUUAUGAUCGCAUCUUUCCCCUUCGUCCUGACUACCAGGAGCCAUCCAGGCUGAUACGAAAGCUCCCAGAAUUUGCUCCAGGGGAGGAGGAGUCAGGCUGCAGCGGCGUUGUGAAGCCAGUCCAGCCCAGUGGCCCUGAGGGGGUGCCCCACUACGCAGAGGCUGACAUAGUGAACCUCCAGGGAGUGACAGGAGGCAACACAUACUCAGUGCCUGCCGUCACCAUGGACCUGCUCUCAGGAAAAGAUGUGGCUGUGGAGGAAUUCCCCAGGAAACUCUUAACUUUCAAAGAGAAGCUGGGAGAAGGCCAGUUUGGGGAGGUUCAUCUCUGUGAAGUGGAGGGAAUGGAAAAGUUCAAAGACAAAGAUUUUGCCCUAGAUGUCAGUGUCAACCAGCCUGUCCUGGUGGCCGUGAAAAUGCUCCGAGCAGAUGCCAACAAGAACGCCAGGAAUGAUUUUCUUAAGGAGAUAAAGAUCAUGUCCCGACUCAAGGACCCCAACAUCAUCCAUCUCUUAGCUGUGUGUAUCACUGAUGAUCCUCUCUGCAUGAUCACUGAAUACAUGGAGAAUGGAGAUCUCAAUCAGUUUCUAUCCCGCCACGAGCCCCCUAAUUCUUCCUCCAGCAAUGUACCCACUGUCAGUUACACCAACCUGAAGUUCAUGGCUACCCAAAUUGCUUCUGGCAUGAAGUACCUUUCCUCUCUUAAUUUUGUUCACCGAGAUCUGGCCACACGAAACUGCUUAGUGGGUAAGAACUACACAAUCAAGAUAGCUGACUUUGGAAUGAGCAGGAACCUGUACAGUGGUGACUAUUACCGGAUCCAGGGCCGGGCAGUGCUCCCUAUCCGUUGGAUGUCUUGGGAGAGUAUCUUACUGGGCAAGUUCACAACGGCAAGUGACGUGUGGGCCUUUGGGGUUACUUUGUGGGAGACUUUCACCUUUUGCCAGGAACAGCCCUAUUCCCAGCUGUCAGAUGAACAGGUUAUUGAGAAUACUGGAGAGUUCUUCCGAGACCAAGGGAGGCAGACUUACCUCCCUCAGCCAGCCAUUUGCCCUGACUCUGUGUAUAAGCUGAUGCUCAGCUGCUGGAGAAGAGAUACCAAGCACCGUCCCUCAUUCCAAGAAAUCCACCUUCUGCUCCUUCAACAAGGUGACGAGUGAUGCUGUCAGUGCCUGGCCACAUUCCUACGGCUCAGGUCCACCCUACCACUCACCCACACCUACGCCACUCCAUCUGGACACUUAAUGAACCUGAGAGACAGAGGCUUGUUUGCUUUGCUCUGUGUUCCUGGUCCCUCCCACUCUACUCCCCCACUCCCUACCCCUCAUAUAUACUUUUUUUUUUACAUUAAAGAACUAAAAAAGAAAAAAAAAAAAGCCUAGAGCAGAUAAAAUCUAGUAAAAGAAAAUCUUACUUGAUAUACCAAAAGUGUUGGAUAACAAAGGCUAGAAAAUUCAGAUAAUUUAUAAAGGUUAAUUAUUCUUGUGCUUAUAAAUGUGCAGAUUCUACAAUAUUUUUUCAUGUCACUCUAAACAAAUCUUCAGAAAGAAAAUCUUGAAGGAUACUAAUAUCUUGGGAAACAUGAGAUGAAGUUUAGGGAAAACACUCAAUAGAUGUGGAGAAUCUGAGGACUCAGAAUUCAGCAACUAAUCACAUAUGGUUUUCUAAUUUGGCCUCUGGACAUGUCUCACUGUAUUUCUCUCUCCUGUCAAAGUGAAUGAUACAUUCUUGAAAACCCCUAAUUUCUUGAAAUGAGUAUUUUGUUCAUUCAUGGGCAGCAGUCAGGGUUGAAGUUCAUGUAUGAAACAACAGGGGAUGUAGAUGGGAAAGAAAGCUUGCUACACGACUGUAUGAAGGGGAAUUGUCAUUUCCAAAAAAAAAGUACCUCAUGCAUGGAAGGAUUCUUGAAUAGAUAAUGGACAUAGGAAAGAAGGUCAGUGGAGGGCACGUAACAGACAUGCUAUCCACCAUUUAUUUGGAUUUCAUUAGCAGGUUCUCUUCUUUGUCUUGUACAGACAUUUUCAUGUGUGUGUUUUAGUGAGAAUGUGAGUUUUUAAUCAGUACAGGCUGAUGUUUUGAUGUCUUGAUGGUAGAUUUCUGAGUUCAUCUUGUCCAAAUAUUCUAGCUCUUUCAAGGAUGACGCCUCUGUGGGAUCUUUGGACUUGGGGCUGCAUUUCUCAGGCAUAAAUACCUAAUGGCCUUGUCUAAGAGGGAAUUGAUCUAUUCUGAGGGUCCCCAAAAAUGUUAUCUCAGUACUGAUGAGGAGAAGUUACAGGGAGACUGAUUUCCAUUCCUUAUUGAGGAAAACAAAGCACUCAGAACAUAGAAGGAUACAUGGGCUGCCAACCAGAGUGGAUAGUCAAAAUUUUGUCACUGGAGAGGUUAGGAUACAGGCUCAAGAAUAAUGCAAGGAAAAUUGAAGUUUUCAAACAGAAAGUAGAUGGUGCUAUGAGACACUGUUUAACGUCCUUCUAACUCCGAGUGCCCUUGAUUCUGGAGAGGCACAGGAUGAGCAUCUGUUGCUACUGCUGUGUAGCAACAGAUAUACCCUUUUGCCUCUGAGAUGGUAUGACCAGCAGAAAAGAAAGCUAAAGGCUGUGGCUUCAGAAUUCGUGGAAACAGAGCCACUGUCAAGAAGGAAUCUUCUCAGAGCAAAUUCUGAGCUUUCACACUCCACAAAUCCUCAGAUUUAGUGGGACGUUGGAAAAAGGAACUCUUAAUUCCCAAUGAGGAGAAACAAGACAACAUUACAAAUCAGCUUCCCAAGAUGAGAAGGAAUAGCCUUGACCCCUUGGGUCUGCCUCUGUUGCCUUCACCAGUUUACCUUCUACAACAGUUUCUCAGGAACAUGAGUAUUUCCCCAUUCAGCCUUCAGCAUUGCUCCAGGCCACAGCAUAAGUAUAAGUCUUAAGUCCACAGGAUCCAUUUUUCAAGUCAUCUUCUGAUCCUAGCAAAUAUCUUUUCCCGUAGUUGUCUUAUGUCUUUGGGCUUUAGUCUAUCCCAGGACAAACUUUGGAGAAAUCACUAAUUUGAGAGUCAAGAGAGCACUGGUUCGGGAGCUUUGAUCCUGUUUCUGCUUCACACCAAGUAUGUCAUCUUGGCUAAAUCACUUGGUCCUUCUGCAUUUGUUUUCUUCUUGAUAGGAUGAGGAAAUUAGAUAAAUGGUUUUGAGGUCCCUUCUGGUUCUGAUAUGUCCAGUACUCACUGGAUAAUUGGAUCUAUAACUGAUGGAUUUAGUAAUCUGGUCAUUUCUUGCUCUGAAAACUGUAGUCAGCAAAAGAGAUCAUGGAAGAAAUCACUGUAAUGGUAGUAAUAGUAACACAUGACAUUUGUAUUAUGCCUUAGGUUUACCAGAUGUUUCUACAUACAUUAUCAUAUUUGAUAUGUACAGGGCUAGAUACCUUGGACCCUGCAACACUCAGCUUUCAAGAUAAGAUAAGCUUCAUUAGAGGGCUGUGGGCAGUGGCUAAAGCCUAUAAUCCCAGCACUUUGGGAGGCUGAGGCAGGUGGAUCACAAGGUCAAGAGAUUGAGAUCAUCUGGUCAACAAGGUGAAACCCUGUCUCUACUAAAAAUACAAAAAUUAGCUGGGCAUGGUGGUGUGCGCCUGUAGUCCCAACUACUUGGGAGGCUGAGGCAGGAGAAUUGCCAGAACCCAGGAGGCGGAGGCUGCGGUGAGCUGAGAUCGCGCCAUUGCACUCCAGCCUGGGUAACAAGAACGAAACUCCAUCUCAAAAAAAAGAUUAGCUUCAUUAGAAUUAAAGGGACUUGAACUCAGGACUGGCAGCCUAUUCUUCUUUAUCCAUAUGCCUUUGGUAGGGCUAAUUCCAGAUCAUGCUAUGACUUCUUAUAGAGCAAGAGAAAAUAAUAUUAUUUUAUCUUCCUUUGCCUGACAUCUCUCCACUUAUUCUUUUUUAAGAAUCUGCCCCAGUUCACUGAGUUAUUCUAUGAUUAUAUAAUUUUUAUAAAAAAUCAUAUUUAAAAUGAACUCAGAAUGUCUGAAUAUUUCUGGCCUUGAGUCAUAGAAGUAAUCUGUUUCAGAUGGUUGCCCAAUAUGUAUUAUCAUGUCAUACGUAUAUGUAUUCUUUUCUGGGGUGAGGAAGGCUUCAACUUCUGGCACUGAGACCUCUGUGUUACAGACACAGGUUUAGUUUCUAGCUUAGUCAUGCCUUUAGAGUUCAAAUCUAAGCAACCCAGCAGAAUACAUGGCGAGGGCCUAGUGUGAUUAGAAUCUAAAAGUAGUUAAAAUCUGAAUUAGAAGAAUGAAGCUAGGACUUUUUUGGAAAAGGAGAGAGAAAAAAAAAGAUCAAAAACGGCUGGGCCUUAUUACCUUUGCAAUAAGUUAUCUUCUUCAUGAUAAUGUAAAUUAUUUUAUGUGCAGAUUGCGUUUUGGGAUUGUCGGAUCUGAAUUUAUAUUCUUGCUGGCUAACGUGCUGAGAGCUAGGUCUGAAACUUGAUGUACUAUCCAGACAGGUGUGAGAUCAGAAAACAUCUAGAGUGCAAAGAGGUGCCUGAGGAGCAAAAUGUGGUUUUAAUGUUGUGGAAAGAUCACUUGCAAGUAUAUAAGACUAUGUAACGAAGAGGAUUGUAUGCAAGUGGGGUGAAAGAAAAAAGGAUACGCGAAUGUGCAUAUGACUGAACAGGGAGGAAGGUCAGGGCUAGGAAGGAGGCAGUGGAGAGCACACAGGAAAGACACAGGGAGGGUCAGGUCGAGCAAGGUAGGAACAGGUAGCUGGAGCCAUUGGGAAUCCAUUCUGAAGCAAGGAGGAGCUUUGAAAGGGAUUAGGAAAAGUAAGGUUCUUGAAGUAAAAGAUAAAUAUGGGUGGAGAAAGAAGACAUUCUGGACGAUAGGGAUGAUAAAAAUAUUUAUUAAGAAAUGAAGUCAGGUUCAGUGUAUGAAACGGAAGGGAGUCUUCUAGCAUUUUAAGAAAAAGGAAGUUCCUCUUGGAAAAGACAUAGCAACCAUGGGAAUGACCUUUUCAUUUCAGAAGUGGGUGAGGAAGGUGGUUUGAGCACCAGGUGUACUCUGGACCAUUUCAAGUGCUGGUGAGAAAAAAAUCAACCCUUUGCCUGAACUGGGCUUGGUUUUCCAAGUGCUGCUUUGAAAAUGAAGACCCAGAGAUGGGGAGCUUAUGGCAGUUCAUGAAUCUUCAUGUUCUAUUAUCUUUUCUCUGUCAAUAAAGUUCAUUUUCUAUAAUGCCAACCAUUGCUGUGCCCAGAAUAACCACAGGCAAACAUCAAAACAAUAGGCAUAAGUUAGAGAAGAUUGAAUUAUGUCUGAUAUCUGCACAAACAGAUAUGCACCAUGUUGGAAACAUGUGUUUUUCUAGUCCCAUCCAGGCUUCCCACAAGAAAGCCACGAUGUGGGGCUAAACCAUAUGUUUUGAGUAAAGGAGAAUAGAAGGGGAGUGUCUGCCAGAGGGAAAAAGAUGAAAAUGUUCCAAGGAAGUAUACUAAAAUAGAACAGUGUUAUGUUUUGCUCAAAACUACAAAAUAAAAAAUAAUAAAAAAAGAAUUACAAUAUAUGGCUACUACGUCUUUGAUUGCAAGUUGAAUUUAUAGACCUGGAAUUUGCCAUCCUAGUCUUUUCUUUUUAGUAAGACUUCUGUCCUCCGACAGUGCAUACGGUAGGUCCCUAAUGUUUCUGCAUCUCCAGGAAGUUGCAGGUCCUUAUUUUUGCUGGGAAAUCCUUCUGAAUAGAAAUUUAACAUUUUUAUAGAAACAGAUGAAUGUGUUUUCCAUGUAGUAAAUGUUUUCAAGAAGUGACUUGAGAGGGAAAGAGACUGGAGUGGUUAAUGGUGAUUUGAUUUCUGGAAUUUUGAGUUUUCUGCUAUAAUUAGCUGUAUUGCUUGGUGCCAAAGAACAGUGGGGAAUUGUUCAAUUCAAAAUAAUUUUUAAAAAAUUGUUAUUUUGAAAGAACUUGAGGCUUACAAUUAGUUUAUCCUAGAUCCAUUUUCCCCCAUUUAUAACACUUCAUUUAGUCCAUUUUCAGAACCAGAAAAUUGACAUUGGCAUAAUGCUAUUAAACUACAGAACUUUUUUUGAUUUCACCAGUUUUUCCACACAUACUCAUUUAGUUGCUGGAUGCUUCUAAUUCCUGCAAUUUGUAACCUGGCCUUGCUUGGAUACAACAGGAAAGACAUUAUUUGGAUAAAAUUCUACAAUAUUAAACCAAAUUAAUGUAUUCGUUUAUUACGAGCAAUACCCUGCCUUCACUGCUUCUAAAUUUUCUGAUUUGUUUAGCUGUUUGGCACCUGAAACAAUCCAAGAAACACUUAGGAAGAUUAGGGAACACAAAAGACAGUAAAGCUUUUUCAUGGCUUGUUGGCUAGAAAACCAGAUAUAACAGGAUAUUCUAGAUGCUUCCCAGAGCUCCGACAAAUGAGUAGGGUUAGUACUGGGGACAAGAUGAGGAGUUUGGAGUAAACCAGUAUUUUGGUCGAGAGUUCGUUGGCACUUAGUUAAUGGCACUGGGAAUAGCUUGUGAAGAUAGUAGAACACAAUGAUACAGACUCCUCAUGUUUGAGAAAAUACUAUUUUCAGAGUGGUAGAGAGGUUUCAUUUGCCUAAAUAGCUGUUCUUAAAUGGAAUAACAACCACUUUAGACCUAAUUAAUUGCAAACACAGCAGCAACCUGGGGAGAAGUUGAAACUCCAGUUUUGUGGAUUACAGUUUUGAGUUUUGUGAUUGACAUUUUUAAGUCCCCUAUUUUAGGGGUCACAAGAUUAUAACAAUAUGCGUCUUAUUAAGUUCCUAGGUCAUUGUGAGCACUUGAUAAAUAUUUGCCGAACGUUGUUUUUUUUUUUAAUGAAUAUAAGAUGGAAACAAAAACUUGUCAUCCAGUUUACUAGAGUGAAUGCAGGGAGAAUAGUUUUACUGUAACAUGGAGAGUUUAUUUUCAAAUGAAGAAAGAAAAAAAUGCUCAGACUUGUACCUGGUGAAGUACAUUCUCCAUUUGUAUACUUUUUGAUGGUGUAAUUGAUAUAUAGAAAUGCUUAAUUUUUUGAGGCAUUCAGACAGCAAUGAAAGGAAGUUCUCCAUAGGACACUGAAUCAAAAGCAGAGACUAGAUUCUAACCUCAUAUCCAGCCUAUUUGAAACAAGCUAUCUAGUUUCUCCUGUAGACAUCUUGUCAACAACAUGCAACAAUGUCAGGUGCCUUGGAGGAAAAGCUAGCCUAUGCUCAUCCACAAUCACAAAUACAUGUCAAGAAAGAAUUUGCAGAGAUUCAAGGGAAUUACAAUGGGAUAAGGUAAUCACUUUCAGCGAAAAACUGUUUACUUGAAAAGAAGCUUGGACACAAUCGAAAGCUGGAUCCCUGCACACACAUCAAGAGUUUGUAAUCUAGCCUAUCCAUUAUAUGUCCUUUAUUAUUCAUGAUGUCCUAUUCUUCUACCUGGUUGUCUGGUGACUUUUUCUGAGGACUGCGUUUCUGCAGCAAUGUGGUGCACUCUUCCUGUGAUGAGGAAACAUCUGGGCCUCCUCCUGCAGGCUUUGGAAGAUGAUGUGUCUUGUCAAGGGGUAAAGAGCAAAUGGAUUUAAUUUCUGCUUGAAACUAUUAUAGACAUUCCAAAUAGAAUACGUAAAGAUUCUCUGUAUUAGAAAAAGAAACGUGAUACCAAUUGUAUAUUUUCUUUUCUUUAUUUAUUCUCUGUAAGUCUGUCAGAUGAUAAAUUGUAAAUAACAAUGAUUAAAGAGUCAUGCUACUGA